CUGCUGCUGCAUGCAGCUGAAGCCCACAAAUCCCAAGACUACUACUACUACUACAUUAGAAGGCAAACCCUAAAGAAAAUCCAUUAAAAAUUCCAACAAAUGACUGGCAUCGAUUUACUCGACUUGAACUGGCAACGUUAAGGCAACUCUUGGUCUCUUUUGCUUGGUUGCGAUUUACACCAAAAUGCGUAUUUUCUAGCAGAGGAGAUUUCAUUUCCUCCUUGCUUGGACUCCGCUACCUUUUCUUUCAUUUACACCACACUCAUUUCGGUGGUGGGGCAAAGAAGAGAAGAAGCAGGGCAAGCAAAGCAAGUGUUCAAUUCACAGCGGCAAUAACGGCAGCAGCACCUACCGCAACAGCUACAGCAACAACAACAACAACAUGUAUUUUGUACUGCCUUUAAUAACAAGAAAAACAAACUGAGAAAUUGCCCCCAAAAAUAGGAUUAUUCGCUAUUCACAAAAGUGUAAAUCUUCUCAUUAACUCCAGCAGCCCAAGGAUAUCAGAAGGAAGAGAGUGUGUACAUUAGACAACUAGUAACUCAACUAAGGCCACUUCAAGUGGUUUCACUUAAAUACUAAGUGAAAAUAAAGUUCAUAUCUUAAAGAUAGAGUUCGCAGAGGAUUUCUAAAGAGGAAAAUAUCUUUUUCAAAUUUCAUAACGAUAUGGCCGAUUGCUGUAACAUAAAUCUGGCCGCAAUAAUGAAAUGGCGCAUAGCGUUGAUAUAUCGAUGAUCUCGCCACCCACAUCGUCUUCCAUAUCGAACGAUCAAGAUCCCUUUGGACAAUUGCCACCGCUGUUACCGCCAUUGCGUUCAACACAAGUCUUACAACCAUUAACGGUAUUUCCAGUGUCCAAUUUGAGUGAAGAUUCAUAUGACUAUGUAUUUGGUGGUCGACGCAAGACUCCGCCUUCUACAACAGCACUUAAGUUGACCUCGCCUCCAGUACGACUGAGACCAGAAGACGCCUAUACAAAUACACGCAACAGUGGAAGUGGUGGUUUCAUUGGUUCAAACACAAAUAACGGUACUACAGCUGGUCGUUUUUAUCGUCAUUCCUUCAGUUAUGUACCAAAACGUUCUCGUCACUCACAAAACGAACGUGAACGAAAUGCAAAUUACGAAUCAAGAUUAAGAUGUCAUGGCGAAGAUGAAGCAACCCUGCGGCAACUGCUACUUGAUUUGCAAAAGCAAGUUAGCGUGAUGAGUAUGAAUCUCUCGGCAAAAUUGGAUGAGCUGCAGAGAGGCGAUCGACACUUGGAGACAACAGUCGCCCUGUGUGAAAUUCGAACACAACUGCAGGAACUCACAAAAUCCGUGGAAAGUUGUCAAAGUGAAGUGUCCGAGGUUAAACGUGACAUGGUUGCGAUUAAACAUGAAUUGGACACUGUACAACAAGUCAAAGAAGAAAUCGAAGAACUGCGCGAAUACGUUGACAGAUUGGAAGAGCACACCCACAGAAGGAAGCUAAGACUUUUAGAACAAGGUCUUACCUUCUUCCUGACAUACUCAAUAUUUUCGGCGGUAUUGGGUAUGUUGCAAUUCGGUUACAAUACCGGUGUGAUAAAUGCGCCCGAAAAGAACAUUGAAAAUUUCAUGAAGGAUGUGUACAAAGAUCGCUAUGGCGAAGAUAUCAGUGAGGAGUUCAUACAACAACUGUACUCAGUGGCGGUUUCAAUAUUUGCCAUCGGCGGUAUGCUGGGCGGUUUCAGUGGCGGUUGGAUGGCGAAUCGCUUUGGAAGAAAGGGUGGUUUAUUAUUAAAUAAUGUUUUGGGUAUUACCGGUGGCUGUUUAAUGGGUUUUACCAAAGUUAGUCAUUCCUAUGAAAUGUUAUUCCUUGGCCGUUUUAUAAUUGGUGUUAAUUGCGGUCUCAAUACAUCUUUAGUGCCAAUGUACAUUUCCGAAAUCGCCCCUCUGAAUUUAAGAGGUGGCCUAGGUACUGUUAAUCAAUUGGCUGUGACUGUAGGUUUACUAUUAUCCCAAGUAUUGGGUAUCGAACAAAUUUUAGGAACCAAUGAUGGCUGGCCCAUUCUGCUGGGCCUGGCCGUGUGUCCUGCAGUUUUACAAUUAAUCCUACUGCCGGUAUGUCCAGAAUCUCCUAGAUAUCUGUUAAUUACCAAACAAUGGGAGGAGGAAGCUAGAAAAGCACUCAGACGUUUACGUGCCUCAAGUACCGUCGAUGAAGACAUCGAAGAAAUGCGUGCCGAAGAGCGUGCCCAACAAUCCGAAAGUCAUAUAUCCACAAUGGAACUGAUAUGUUCGCCCACCCUCAGAGCCCCUCUGAUCAUUGGCAUUGUAAUGCAGCUUUCGCAGCAGUUCAGUGGUAUCAAUGCCGUUUUCUAUUACUCAACAUCACUGUUCGUUAGUUCGGGGCUAUCGGAAGAAAGCGCCAAAUUUGCAACAAUAGGCAUUGGUGCUAUCAUGGUUGGCAUGACAUUAGUUUCUAUACCUCUCAUGGAUCGCACAGGUCGACGUACCCUACAUCUGUAUGGUUUGGGUGGCAUGUUCAUAUUCUCGAUAUUCAUAACGAUAUCAUUUUUGAUAAAGGAAAUGAUCGACUGGAUGUCCUAUCUCUCGGUGGUAUCGACACUGGGCUUUGUGGUGUUCUUUGCGGUGGGUCCCGGCUCAAUACCAUGGAUGAUAACGGCGGAAUUGUUCUCACAAGGUCCAAGACCCAGCGCCAUGGCCAUAGCGGUAUUGGUCAAUUGGAUGGCCAAUUUUGUUGUAGGCAUUGGAUUCCCCAGUAUGAAGACUGCUUUGGAAAAUUAUACCUUCUUACCGUUUAGUGUAUUCUUAGCCAUAUUUUGGAUAUUCACAUACAAAAAGGUUCCUGAGACCAAAAACAAAACAUUCGAAGAAAUUUUGGCUCUCUUCCGUCAUGGAAAUGGAAGGAGUAUGCAAAACUGCACAAAUAGUUCGGAGCCACAAAGUAUGAAUUCGGGCAUCGAACAUGCCGCCCUCAUGGUGUCUGAGGAGAAAACCCAACAUGAUUCACUCUUUGGUACAACUUCAUUUUCAUUGACGGUUGAAGGCAUGGGCCCAUAUCCGUUAAGCGAUAGCACCAAUCUUUUGGGGCCCACCACAAGUUUGGCCCCCAAUGCCGCGUGCUACACGAACUAUGGUACAAACAUACAUACACCAGUUCCUAUACGAAAGUGUUACUACGAUUAUAAUUACGAUCGUGACAAUUUCCGCCGUCACUCGGCCCAUGGAAGAAUGUGUACGUCAUCAGCUGCAUCCGAGCGUUGUUUAGGAGACGGCCGAAAUACACACCAGGGCCGGAACGCUGCCUCUGUGCCCCAUCACCUUCGUCAGCAAGUACAUGCCUACCAGAACAACGGCUAUGAAAAGGAUAUUGUAUGUGAUGAGAAUCAAAUGCACCAGCACCAGCAUCAUCAGCAGACGCAGCAGCCACAGCCACAGCCAAAACACAACGAGCACUGGCAACAGAGCAACACUAACACAGCGACCACCGCCACUUGCACCGCCGAUUAUUCACUGCCCUAUCAGCAACAAGAACAGCAGCAACAGCAACAGACGCAACAUCAUCGCCACCAACACAUGCCACGCAAACAAUCAGCGCACGGGCACAGUCACAGUCCACACCAUAGUCGUCACACCUCACCGCACAGUCGCCAUACAUCACCGCACAGUCGGCACACCUCACCGCACAGUCGUCACACAUCGCCCCACAGUCGUCAUACCUCGCCUCAUAGUCGUCAUACCUCGCCUCAUAGCCGUCAUACCUCCCCCCAUAGCCGUCAUACUUCACCUCAUAGUCGUCAUACAUCACCUCACAGUCGUCAUACUUCACCGCAUGGUGGUGCUGGGGGACAUGGUCAUAGCCAUGGACACGGCCACUCGCACACUUCACCACACCAGGCUCACCAUCACAUGCGUGAUCAGCAACAGAAUGGCAACAACGACAAUACACCAACGGAGCCAUUUGUGCGCAAUAGCGCUUUGAGGGCUUCGGUUAGGAGUACUUCCUCGCAUAUGCAUCCCCAUCAUCAUUCGCAUCAUCAUCAUCGUCGACGCAAGCGGGGAGCCAGCAAUAAUGGCAUCUCCAAUGGAUCCGCGGCAGCAGACGUCGAAAGCGGCACUCAGUUGUCCCAACAUCAUCAUGAGGUGGCUGGCACUCAGCACUCCGUCUCCCGGCAGACUCACACCACUCAUGCUUGCACCAGGCGCCAUCGUUCUGUUACCGAUCUCUCCAAUGCCUCGCUCAAUACCUGCAACGAUCCCACUUGUACGGAUCGUGAAGUCCAGGAGAUCUUUGUACACAAGUCCUCAGCGACUUGCUGCUCAGGUUCUAGGCCCGAACUUGCUCAAUACUUUGCAGAAGAUCUGUAUGGCUCUUCUUCGCGUCGACCCUCAUCUUGCUGCACUUCCUCGGAUUACUGCUACCAAACCGAUUCGACCAGCCUGUAUGGUUCUCGCUCCUCGCUGAGCCGCAAUAACUCGGUGAAAUCGGCUUCGGUAACCCUGAGGAAGAAGAAGAUAAGCCAACAACGCCAACCCAGCUAUCAUUCGAUAUCUUUGAGGGCCCUCAAUGAUUCGCGACCUGGCAGCAACAUGGGCUCGCUGGCUUCCAUUUUUGAUCGUGCCAAACAAUAUGCUGAGAAUGGUGAGAAGCUACACGGCUCGGCGUCCAAGGUAACUAUAGAAAGACAAACUUCGAAAGAUGCUUUAAGUAAUGACCUACCUGAAUAUGCUUGUUCUCCCUCCCCGAUAAGGUGGAGCUUCCUGGCUGAUGGUAAGCCCAGCGCCAAAGAUACGACAACAGCAACAGCAACAGCCACACCAGUAACGUCAACCAUCAACAGCUCGUCAAUAGCCGCCCACAGAGCGAGUUCAUCUGCGAAAGCCAAGGAGGCAGAGCAACACUCCAGCAAACGCCAGACCUCAAGACAACAUCAUCAUCAUCAGCCACCAUCGCAGCACCCCCAGCAGCCACGUAAACCAGAAAGAGCCCACAAGCCAGAGGCCAGAGCCUCUGAGCAUCCCCAGAAGCCGCCCAGAUCUCACUCUCAGCAUAGAAAGUCCAUACCCUCGGCAGAGGAGAGACCUUCGACCUCGUCGUCGCGCAAAUGUUGUGAAAGUCCUUGCAAAUAUGAGGAGUCCACCAUGGUGCAGUUCCAUCAAGAUGCCGAAGCCUUCAACAACUGCUGCAGCAAUUACAUCCAGUGCAACACCUACCUGGAUCAGGAUCUGCAGAUAACCAGCGAAGACAUUCACCACUAUCUGGCCAAGGGACAACAGGAUGUGGGCAACAUUUUGAAUAACACCAAAACCUACCCCUUCCAGCCGAGCAAUGCCUUGGAGUUUCAGUAUAAGAAUAAUUUUGCCAAUAACAACGCUGCCACCAACACAUUGUCCUCGGUGGAGGGUGCCGAGAGCAUGCGCAGCUAUGACAGCCGUUUUCGGCGCAAUUCCAGCAAAGAGACCAAUCUCAAUCAAAACUCUGGCAGUGAGACUUGCUCAGGGGCAGCCGGCGGCGCAGGAGGAGGCGGAUCGUGCUCCGCCUCUGCCAAUAUUAACUUGUCUUCGAGUACGAAUAACAUAAACAUCGUUUUCAGCAGCUCCACUGAACGCAAUGCCAAUGAGGUGAAAUUUAUCAACACCACUUCGCGUUCUGGCACCUCGGUGGUGUCAUCGGAGGCCCAUCAUAGCUCAUACUUGCCCUAUAGCUAUCCCACUUAUGAUUAUACCAACAUGUCCACCAACUCCACCUUUGACAAGACUCUGGGCAUUGAUGAAAUACCCGCCAGUGGGCAUAGGGGAGAUGAUGGAACCACCGGCACCACUUCCUCCAGUCAGCAUUCCUCGUCGCUGCAUUCGCCCGAGCCCCAAAGAGUUUCAUUUGAGUCUUUCGAUGCUGCCUCUGGCCACAAUUUGAUUUCCUCACAUCGUGGCAGUUGUCAAUAUUCGCCCACAACACCACGCUCACCACUGUCGCCUGGCUCUCCGGGGGCCUCUUCCACAUAUUCGGCUUCGAUAAAUCCCUCAACCACAUCUUACGUUCAUUUGCAGCAACAUCAUCCACAUUACGAUUAUCCGCCUGGCAUACAAAGGUCACAUGUUCAUGCUCAUACCCAUGCGCAUGCGCAUUCGCAUCAUUUACACGAUCAUCAUCUGCGCGAGAGCUUUAAGAUCAGUAAUGCACUGAGAAAAGUACGCAAACGAGCACGCAAAUACACCGACUUUUUACGCAAGAAAUAGACGAGUGAGAGAGCAUGAGUAGUGUGUAGUAAUGAGAUGAUGAAGUUUAGGCGAAGUAUGAUUGGCAGCCAGAUGGGGAAGAGAAAGUGAGCGGGAGCGGGAGAGAGUCAAAGAUAUGACGAUUUUGGAGGAGGUAUAGACAAGCACAAGCAUUGAUAUUCAAACAAUUUUUUCUUUUACUAAUAAUUUUUGUGCACUUAUAAAAUCACUUUUUCUGAGGCUUGCUCUCUCAUUGAAUUAUUAAAAAAUUUAUUUUAUUUUUCUGGCGAGAGCUUAAUCAAAAGCCUCCACACCUAUUGUGGUUGAAUAAGUCCCCCAGAUAAGGACGAAACUCGUCCCACAGUGGCUCUCCUUUUUCAUUACACCAAAUCUUCAAUCUCUAAGCUAGUCUCGAAAGAGCUUUGUUUUCCUGGCGAGAGCUUAAUCGAAAGCCUUCAUUUGCAUUGAUAUAAGUACGACCUACCAAUGUAUAGACCUCGAAGCCUUCACACCUAUUGUGGUUAAUAAGACAAAACUCGUCCCACAGUGGCUCUCCUUUUUUAUUACACCAAAUCUUCAAUCUCUAAGCUUGUCUCGAAAGAGAGCUCGUCUCGAAGAGCGGAGGCCACCGUAGCGCAGAGGUUAGCAUGUCCGCCUAUGAUGAACGCCCGGGUUCGAAUCCUGACGAGACCACCACAAAAAAAAUGUCUACGGUGGUUUUCCCCUCCUAAUGCUGGCAACCUUUGUGAUGUACUAUGCCAUGUAAAACUUUUCGCCAAAGAGGUGUCGCACUGUGGUACACCGUUCGGACUCGGCUAUAAAAAGGAGGCCCCUUAUCAUUGAGCUUUAGACUUUAAUCUGACUGCACUCAUUGAUAUGUGAGAAGUUUGCCCCUGUUCCUUAGUGGAAUGUUUAUGGGCAAAAUUUGUAUUUGUAGGCUUGAUUUUGUGCAUGCGUUUCAUUGUGGAGUUGCCAUCUUUUGACAUAUCCCAUUGCCUUAAUGAGCUGAGAGAUGUGCCUCUUCCUUACCAAGAUAAACUUCCUGCCUCGUGAUUUGUCGUUGUCAAUCGCAAUAAAGGGAAGGUGGUGUGUGCCAUUUUUAUAGAAGCGAUCUGCGAGAGUUGUCAGCAUGUCUUACUCGCAGAUAAUUCUUCACACACAAUGGGAAAAGUACAUCUUCCCCACCAAGUCCACCUUUGACGAGUCGACCUAGACAAUUUGGCACAAAGUGUUGCGGCCAACCAUCCCAUUAGCUCAAGUCGAGCUUUGCGUCCUGCCAGAGAGUAUGGAUAUUGCCGUAAAAUAACUUAAAACUUAGUGGCCAAAAAUACAUUUUUCUUGCAAAAAUGAGGUACAAGAUUAUGGUGAAUAGAACUAUCAUAGAUGAUGGUGGAUUCCUAAAAAAUACAGAUGGUGAAUCGGAGCUCGGUAUACUGAAGACCAAUCCCAGCAAAACAAUAAGGGAAAAUGGUCAGUUAUACAGGUUGCCAAGAAUUCACAGGUAAUGGUGUAUUUCGACCACAUCUUACUCAAAGACAUAGUUUUCGGUGCAGUGGUACACUGGCUCAAGCAACGUGCAGUUCACCGCCUGGGCUAUCGAGCAUAUUUUGGGUGUAACACAGUUUCCACAGUUUGAUCAUAGGUUAGAUUUAAGUGGCAGUCUGCAAUCAGACUCACUUAGACGUUUUCGGCCCUUGUGAGACCACGGGAACAGAAGAAGGAAGAUGGCUUCUAGUUUCUACCUUUGGACCAUCCAGAUCGCUUCAAAAAGCCCAAUAACUUGCGAACUCGAACAUCCGCUAAAUCAGACAGGUUCUCAAAGAAAUGAUAACCUAAAGUGGAACUCCUUCUGACUGCCAGUGUGGAAUACACACACAGUAGGUGUUUUAUAGCCUAUUCUUAUUCGAUUUCCUCAUAGCUUCUGCAAAAGUCAUUACUGGCAACCUUUAGUCUGUCAGCAUGUUUUCCGAUUAGAAAAUAGCCUGUCAUGACGGACACAAUGACUGAGACGACUGUUCUAGCCAGUGACAGCAAAGCGUUAGACCUCUUCAAGUCUAGAUUAGGCCACAGCCCCCUCUUUUGGCCCUGAUCCUGAAAACUUAGCUUACACAUCGCUAGAGCCAUACCCAUAGAUUCCAGUUUCCCUGGAACGUGAAAGUUAGUUCCUAGUCUCGCAAGCUCAUCUGCUUUAUAAUUCAUCCACAUGACCGUCUAUGACGCUGAACGCCUGGGUUCGAAUACUGGCGAGAACAUCAUGAAAACUUUCAACGGUGGUUAUCCCCUCCUAAUGAUGGCGACAUUAUCGUCAUGUCUGAAACCAUCCAAGUAGAAAUCUAUGUAACUUCUAUUACCAGGUAUAUCGUAGUUCCAAUCGGUUCUAUCAGGAAUAGUGGUACAGUACUUUUUAUCAAAAAGCAGCUCAUGUACGGUGGAAUCCACACUGCCUGGAACAACGGAACAACCACUUGACCAAAGAGAAAGGUCCCUUAUUAUAUAUAGCAUUAAAUUGAGUGCGGCUGUGAUGCACAAAAAAGCCAUCCUUUGGAUGCGGCUGAGUAUUGAACAGUUGGUGGACUUCUGAACCGCCGUCCACCAGACCACAACACCAUAUAGCAUUAUAGAUCUGACAACUGUAGUAUAUACCCAGUGCAUGAUGCUCGGUCUGACCCCCAACUUUUGCCAAUGGCUAUCUUGUAAGAGUAUAGGGCAAGAUUUUACAUUCUUGCUCUUUUCAAAAUGUUGGAUUGGAAGUCCAAUUUCCUGUCCAGCAAAACACCCCAGUAUUUUGUGCUUUCUGUAAAUGGAAAAUUCUCUCUUCCCAAGGAGACAGGUUCCACCGUAGGUAAAUUGUAUCUCCUGCUGAAAAGAACUACUUCUGUCUUGCACGGAUUUACGCCUAGACCACGUCGCUGUUGCACUUAGAGCUUCCUGAAGUAUAUCUCUUAGCCGCAAUAGCCACUUCAACAACAUACGCGACCACUUUUACACAAUUUUCUUACAGAGACGAUAAUAUAUGGUCAACAGCUAUAUUCCAAAGUAGAGAACACAGUACACCUCCUAGAGGUAUUGCUCUGCUGACCCAUCUUUUUAGAUCCACAGAUCCCAAAACUUUAGUUAGUUAUUAAUAAACUUUCUUACGGUAGAGUUGAUACCUAGAAACUUCAACUCCUUCAUAAUUGACGUCGGUUUUACAUUAUUAAAAGCACCUUCAAUGUCAAAAAAUACUACCAUUGUAUAUCCUUUGAUAGCGACAGAACCCUCCAUGUAGCCUACUAGGUCGUGAGGGGCUGUUUCAGUGGACUUGCCCUUACCAUAUGCAUGCUGCUGCCGAGAUAAGCGAUCUCUUUGGAUCUUUCCCGUAAGAUAUGUUUCAAUCAACCCCUCAAGAGCCUUCAAUAUUAAGGCAGACAAACUAAUAGGACGAAAUCUUUCGCCUUUGUCUGGUAAGGUUUUCCUGCUUUCGGAAAGUAAAUGACCUAUGUGUCCCACCAUUCCACAGGUAUAUAUGGCAUGCUGAUACAAGCAGAGUAUAUCUCCCUAAGACAGGGAACCAAUCUAUCAGACACAGCUUGUAAUUCAACCGGUGAUACAUCAUCAGGGCCUGGCGACUUAAAGGAGUUGAAACUUCUUAUCCCCCAAAGGAUUUUCGGCUCAGAUACAAUUUCCCCAAUAACCUACGACGAAUGCAUGCCAGUGACAACCUCUUCUGGCGCCACGUUGGAGGAUUUCCCGAGAGUAGUUCUAGUGUUUUCUCACUAGACAUUGUCAGAGAAUGUACUCUGACUUCUGAAUGUAUCCCACCGUAAUAGGUCUCGAGGUCUAGGAGGCCACCGUAGCGCAGAGGUUAGCAUGUUCGCCUAUGACGCUGAACGCCUGGAUUCGAAUCCUGGCGAGACCAUCAUAAAAUUUUCAGCGGUGGUUAUCCACUCCUAAUGCUGGCGACAUUCGUGAGGUACUAUGCCAUGUAAAAACUUCUCCUCCAAAGAGGUGUCGCAGGCACGCCGUCCGAACUCGGCUAUAAAAAGCAGGCCCCUUAUCAUUGAGUUUAAACUUGAAUCGGACUGCACUCAUUGAUAUGUGAGAAGUUUGCCCCUGUUCCUUAAUGGAAUGUUCAUGGGCAAAAUUUGUAUUUUUUUUUUCAAAUCGGUGUUCAAAUCGGUCUAUAACCUGAUAUAGCUGUCACAUUCCUAUAAACCAAUCUCCCUAUUUUAUUUCUUGAGCCCUUAAAAGGCCCAAUUCUUAUUCGAUUUUUCGCUGAAAUUUUACACAUAUACUUCUACUGUGGUCGCCAACAUUCAAUUCAAUUAGCAAAGAAAUUCUUUUCUUUUAUCCUUUGUUUAUCUAAAAAGAGAUACCGCGCAUAGAACUCGACAAAUGCAAUCCAUGGUGGAGGGAAUAUAAGAUUCGGCCCGGCCGAACUUGGUACACUUUUACUUGUUUUAAUAUCACCAUAGAUUCGGAAAGAGCUUUCCGAGAUGAAUCUAUUGGUAUAUAACAGUAUUUGUCUCCCUUGACUCUAACAUGAAGAGUUUUUGAGUUCAAAAUUUUCUGGAUAACUAUUAUUUACGGUCCCUGCAAAUAAGUGCUUAUUCUGGAACUUCAUCGAAUGAUGUAUGUAAUGACAUUUGGUUUACCGGUAUCACAGAUGGUAUUCCUGUUGAUAACUAAUUAUAUUUUAGCAGCUAGAAAACCUAAUAAAAAUGAGUCAUCCAUUAUUUACAUGCCAGAAGUAAUGACAUGUACUUACCAAGUUUCAGCUGGAUGGAAUUGUAUUGUGCAAUACUUUGCAAUUUCGUUUGAUUGAGAUUCCUGUCAUUCCGAGAAUUCUGUCUAUUCUUCUAUAUACAAUUACUAGCCGAACCGGGCCCGCUCCACUGCGCCUUCUUUAACUCUCUAAUAUCUUUUUAGGGUGGGGCCACUUCGCCCUGAAUGUGAACAUCGAAUUCGUGCCAUUGUAGUCUAUGACGCUGAAUGCGUUCGAAUCUUGAAGAGAACAUCGAACAAAGCGUUGUUUAAGCCCUCUUAAUGUUGGCGACAUUUGCGAGGUACAAUACAUGGUCAUUUAGAAAAUUUCCCCCAAAAAGGUGUCGCACUGCGGGACGCUUUUCGGACUCGGCUAUAAAAAAAAGGUCCCUUAUCAUUGAGUUUAAACUUGAAUCGGAAAGCACUCAAUUAUGUGUGAAAAUUUGCCCCCACUCGGUUCCCGGUGGUAACGUUCUUCCUUAGGGGAGGGACAUUUCGACUCAAAUAUGGAUAUCAAAUUCGUGAUGCACUUCUAAAUCCCUUUAAUUUGAGCCCCGUAUUGUCGUGGCCGGUAAAUAUGAACCGUUUGGAGGGUGUUUUGGGGCUGGGGCGGCCACCGGCACUUUGCACUGAAAAUAGAUAUCAAAUUAGUUCUUUAUUCCCAACGGAAAUGAAGUUCAGUUUAGGGGGGGGCUUUAAGGCGUACCCCAAAACACUUGGCUCCAAAAUUGGAUAUCAAAUUCGUUUUCUACCCUCAAAUACCUUUCAUUUGAGUCCCAUAUUGUCAUAAUGGGUCAAAUAACCCAUUUGACGUAUCUUUAGGAGGAAAAGCGCCACCUAGACUUGAACGCAAAUUUUGAUGUCAUAUUCGUAAUCUACUCCCAAAUACCUUUGAUUUGAGUCCCAUAUAGCCAUGGUCGGCUAAUUUGCCCAUUUGGGGUGGGCAACCUCCCAUUACUUGGACCUAA